UAAGCUUUCAUCACUAAUACACAUGAAGAACAAAAUGUAGUUGAGAGUCAAAAGUAAAGUAAGACUGCUGCUUUUGGCCCAUUUGGGAUUUUAAGAAGGCUUAGGAAAAAGAAACUGAGCACAAUCGUCCUCUGUUUGGUCACGUUUGGUCAGAGAUUAUUGUUCACCUGCCGCUUUGGACCAGCUAACCCUCACCAGAUCAGAGAGGGGUCCCUCACACAGACAGAGAGACGGGGGCUGAGGCAGAAGCACAGCUUUGGAGGAGGAGGAGGAAGUGCGGGCGGACUACAGGGGUCCAGGCCCUAUGGCCACCGACCCAGGAGAGCCCUCGGGCACAGAGGAGUCCUCAGAGAAACCCGAUGGACAGAGGGAGGAGGGCACAGAGCGGGACAGGACCAUCUCACAGCGAGACAGGACUCACAGCACCCCCUCAGACUUUCCCUCCUCCCAGACUGAAGAGCGCAGGUUGGCUGGAGGUGAAGGUGGGCAGGAGGUCCAGGGAAAAUCCAAUCGCUCCAUCUCCUUCUCUGCUUCUCUGUCUGUGGACUCUGGACAGAAACGUCUGAGGAGAGAGAAGCGCUUCUUUAGAAAAAGUGUGGAGAUCUGUGAAGAAAAAGAUGAGGUGGACAUAUCCCCUGAACCCUCUCACAGCCCCCCUCAGCUGGACCUGCAGAGCUCUGACUCAGUCUUCACCAGUAGUGCCCCACAAAAAGGAGCUGCCUCGGCCGGUGCUGCUCCAGGCCAGGACCUCUCCUGUUCUGGGACAAGCCAGGAGCCAGGCAAAGACCUGUCACUGUCAACCCAGAAGAAGGAGCGGGAUAGGGAGCAGGAGGAGGAGGCUGAGAUGAAGGCUGUGGCGACAUCUCCUGGAGGACGCUUCCUUAAAUUUGACAUUGAACUGGGUCGAGGAGCUUUCAAAACGGUUUACAAAGGGCUGGAUACAGAGACCUGGGUAGAGGUGGCCUGGUGCGAACUACAGGACCGCAAAUUGACCAAGGCUGAGCAACAGAGGUUUAAAGAGGAAGCAGAAAUGCUUAAAGGGCUUCAACACCCCAAUAUAGUGCGCUUCUAUGAUUCCUGGGAAUCAGUGCUGCGUGGCAAAAAGUGCAUUGUGCUAGUGACCGAACUUAUGACUUCAGGAACACUCAAAACAUACCUAAAACGCUUUAAAGUAAUGAAGCCUAAAGUCCUACGCAGUUGGUGCCGGCAAAUCCUUAAAGGACUGCACUUUCUCCACACCAGGACCCCUCCCAUCGUCCACAGGGACCUCAAAUGUGACAACAUCUUUAUUACAGGACCCACAGGCUCAGUGAAGAUAGGAGAUCUGGGACUCGCCACUCUUAUGAGGACAUCCUUUGCCAAAAGCGUCAUAGGAACACCAGAAUUCAUGGCCCCUGAGAUGUAUGAGGAACACUAUGAUGAGUCUGUGGAUGUCUAUGCCUUUGGGAUGUGCAUGCUGGAGAUGGCUACCUCAGAAUACCCUUACUCUGAAUGCCAAAAUGCUGCGCAGAUCUACCGCAAAGUCACAAGUGGAAUUAAACCAGCAAGCUUUGAUAAAGUGAAUGAUCCUGAAAUUAAGGAGAUCAUUGAAGGCUGCAUUCGACAGAACAAGAGCCAGAGAUUAUCAAUUAAAGACUUACUGAACCAUGCCUUUUUCGGGGAGGACACAGGGGUGCGGGUGGAGCUAGCAGAAGAAGACACAGGGCUCCAGGACUGUCUUGCCCUGCGGAUCUGGGUUGAAGAACCUAAGAAACUCAAGGGGAAGCAUAAAGACAAUGAAGCAAUUGAAUUCAGCUAUGAUCUGGAAAAUGACAGUGCUGAAGAAGUGGCUCUUGAAAUGGUAAAGUCAGGCUUCUUCCAUGAAAGUGAUGCAAAGGUGGUGGGAAAAUCCAUCCGGGAUCGUGUUAAUCAGAUAAAGAAGUCACGUGAACGCAGACAGCAGCAAUUCCUCCAACAGCAGCAAGGAUUUGAGGAGAAAAGAGACCCCUGCCUCAUCUCCUACACUUUCUCUCACCCCUCGGGCUACUCAUCCCUGGGGCCAGCGGGCCAGUCAGAGGACGUCCAUGAUGUGGACCAAUAUGUUCGACAAUACCAGAUUAUGAGUGGAACAACUCUCACCUUGCCAGGAGAGAGCCUAGGUUCAGCCAGCUGUGAGUCUUAUGCCAGUGGCCAGAGCCAGGUCAACUAUCAGCAGGGGGACUCUUACACCAAUCUACAAUCUAAUACUCCCGCCAUAGUCCAUCCUCAGCUGCUAUCAGUGGGAGAAAGCAGUAGUGUCCCAAAUGUCCCUCUUGGUCAGGCAGAAGGGGCAUUUACUCAACAAAACAAAUUGGUUCCACAGGUAUCGUCAAGUAUACCUCAACAAUACAUUCAGGAUGGAUCCUUACUAUCAAACACAGAUGGUCAUUCUUCAUUGGGAUCAGUUCCAGCAGGUGGAGAAGAGAGUUUUCAGCUGAUGGCCAAUGGACAAUUGGAAAAAUUAAAAUGUCAAAGAAGAUCUUCUUGUCAAAAGCCAGACAAAGUGUUACAUCACUUCCAGCUUAGCAUGCUCCAGGUGUCAAGCAGCGGCGACAAUAUGGUUGAAUGUCAACUGGAGACCCACAGCAACAAGAUGGUGACAUUUAAAUUUGACAUAGAAGGGGACGCUCCUGAGGACAUAGCUGAUUACAUGGUGGAGGAAGACUUUGUUCUGGAGAUUGAAAAAGAUACAUUUGUUGAAGAACUUAGAGCUAUAGUUAAAAAUGCCCAAGAAAUUCUUCAAACACAUUCACAGACCGGAUCCACUGACCAGCUACAUGUGGGCACACCAACUUCUGCCUCUGGGGAGUCAGUCCCUCAUUCAUCUCCAGUAGGACGCUGGCGGUUCUUCAUCAAUCAAACCAUCCGACACAGAGACUCCUUAUCCAGUCAAGGGGCCGUCACCGCAACUGCAGAAGGAAUGAUUGUCCAACUGUCAGAGAAAGAUCAUGAGGGCUCCCAGGCGGAGAUCUCUACUCCCAUUGAAACUCUUAAUGCCCCCGCUCCUCCCAUCUCCUCUCUCUCAGCUCCAGCCUCCAUGGUCCCAUCAGCUAUAGCAGCUUCUAUUCCUCACACUGCUGCAUCUGAACCAGCCUCUGCUCCAGCCUCCUCUCUACAGUGUCCCAUUCCUGAGCUCACUUCAGUCAUCACAUCAGCAUCUGUCAAUCAGACAUACAAUACACCCUCCUCCUUGGCGACAACAGUUGCCACUGUUAAGACCCCAACACAUACUGUGGUUCCGCCGAUAGUAAAUGCAUCUCCUGGAAGCAGUGGCUGCUCAGUUGCCUCUCAUAGUUUAGGGGAUGCAGUUAUAAUUAACCCAGUGCCAAGUGUGCCCUCCAAAGUAGUUCAGUCUCCUCCCAUUAGUACCACAGAGAUUUUGUCUUCUGUCAGUCUGGAUCAGCAAGCCCUUGUCCAGGCAAUGGGCCUGACAGCAGCCCAACCACCUCAGCCUCUGCUUCCCUCAGCUGUGCCACAACAGGCUCCCAUAAUGCAACAACAACCUCCACUUCAGCAAGUCCAACCAGUUUUACCUGCGCAGCCUCAAAUUGGACAGGUACAGUCACUCCCACCACAGCAGGCCCAUCAUAUGCCCCCCCAACAAGUGCAUCAGCCUCAUGUAGGCCCAGAUAAGCAUCAACUCCACCAGUCUGUGCAGUUACAACAACAACAACUGAUGCAGCAAGUGCCAGUGCAAAUUGUACCACAACAGCAGACGGUUCCUCUACAGUCUUUUAUUCCUGUAUCCCUCCCUUUACAGCAAGCUCAUGUUCAACCUGGCACUCAGUAUCCACAGCAUCCGAUUUCACCUCUACCACAAACAGCUUCUCCAGCAAGUGGUGCUCCUCUUCAACAGACACAGCGUGAACAGUUAAACUUACAACAGGGUCAUCUACAGCAGCAGCAGCUGUUACAAGGAAAUGUGGCUUUAAACACAGAUCCAAUGCUUCCGUUGGCCAUUAGUCAACAGUUUGUUAAGCAGCAGUCACAGCUUAGUGUUAGCGCUGUCCUGCCAUUGGAGAGUCAACAACCAACACACUUUACCCCUGACACUCAGCACUUGCCAUCACAAAAACCGCCUCAGCACUUUGAACAACAGGACAGUGGACAGAAGCUGCAGCACUUUGCUUUGCAGAAGCAGUCAUCCCUUAGUCAAAGGUCUGAGUCUGAGGUUUCUACUGGAGAUGCAAGUGUGACAGAGGACACAGGAAGCUACUCUACAGCUCUACUCGCCUCCUCUGAUUCUUCGCUGCCCCCACUCAAUCUUAACACAGCCGAAAGCCCGCUGCCAGUGCAGGCCCAAGCUAUGACCCCAUCUCCUGCUCAACCUUCCUCUGUUGCUGAGUCUGACAGUGAAGGGCCACCAAAAAUAGAAUUUGUUGACAAUCGCAUCAAGACUCUGGAUGAAAAACUGCGUAAUUUGUUGUACCAGGAGUAUAACAGUGGUGCAGCAUUGACUGGAGGAGCACCUACAUCUGUGUCUGCUGGUUCCACAGCAGGUGUAGAUGAAUCGUCACAGCCAUUGCCCACAUUCUCUGGACCCUGCGCUGUUCCUGUCUGUUCCUCUGAUACCUCCCCCCACUCCUCUACCUCCAGCACCUCCUCUACUACGCCUCGCUCAUCCUCCUCCUCUCCUCAGCUGGACAGAGAUAACAAGGCUGAAGAAGGGUGCCUUAAGUCAUCUGAAAUGAUUGCAGUGGAGCAGCAGCCUCACCCAUCUCUGCUUAUAGAGGCCAACCCUCUCUCCCCAAAAGAGAUUGACCCAAUCACGACACAGCGACCACCUAUCCCUGGAGAACCAAUAGUCCUUGCUCUACCCCCUCAAUCUGACACCAGUACAACUGGAGAAGCAUCCUGGCCCCCCAAUCAGCAGCCGAUCCCCCUCCGGCAUGGACAACAGCAGCGCAAUGCAGGAGGUGGAUAUUUUGGCCUAAACCUGACAUGUCCUAGUAUCAGAAAUCCUGUUAGCAAGAAAACGUGGACUCGCAAAUUCAAAAACUGGGCGUGCAAACUGCGCCACUCCGCCAGCUUGUUCAAGAAACCCAGAGUCCAGCAAGGUGAAGCUUCUAGUAGCCAGUCCUUAAGUGAGGAGAAGGAGGUGCCCACUGUGAACUCUCCAGAGAUACGCACUGGACGAUUUCAGGUGAUUCCAGUGCCACAGUCAUCUCCCCCAAAAGAGGCAUCACCAGGUCAUAUUAACGCUCCGAGAAAAGUGGGGAGGUUCUGCGUAACCCAAGCUGAAUCGAAGAAGGAAGAUAAGCAAACAGACAGCUCUCCUGUGUCUCCAGACCUUGAGAGAGAGAGGAGAAGAUCUCGGGCUAAAGAAGGGGAUAAAGAAGACAGUAAAAGAACUCCAGCAAUGUCUCGUUCUCAUAGCCACACUUACUCACCUCUGGGGAGCAGUGAUGAUGAUGAAAGCGAAGUGGAGGAUGAAGACUUGCGGAGGGAACUGCACAAACUGCGAGAAAAACACAUCAAGGAGGUGGUAUCCCUCCAGGCUCAGCAGAACAGGGAGCUGCAGGAGCUUUAUUGUCAGCUUCGUUCUCUUAAGGACCAGAGGCAAAGUUUGCCUGUUGCUCUGUCCCAAACCACACCUCUCCCUGCAACUCUCCCCGUUCUGUCCCCACGAAGAUCCCGACCAGCCAAAGUCAAGCUCAGGCGACCUCACUCUCACAUGGACAAUAAUGGAGUCGCACAUUCAGGUAUCCAAAUGCCAAGUAGCUAUGUAGGUAGUGAACAGAGACUACCACUGGACAACCCACAGCAGCAUCUUUCUACUACUCAAAGAGAUCAUAGUCCUCUCAGAAAAAGCACAUUUACAGAUGAACUGCACAAGUUGGUCGAUAAUUGGACAAAAGACCCAGUGGGAUCUACCCCUCCCAAGCCUUCUCUGAAUCAAAUAAAGCAAAUUCAGCAAGUGCAGGAGUUAGGGGGCUGGAGCCAUUCUACAGAGCCGACUCAGCCUGGUUGGUUUCCAGUUUCUCCCCUGAAUCCCCAGACGCCUCCAGCUCCAGGAAGCUUGUCUGUGACAGCCUCCUCUCACUUCACAGGUACAGGAGGAAACCUGUCUGCCUUGCAUUCUCUCGGACCAACCCAACAGAUGCAACAAAGUUUACACCUGCACCAGUCUGUCCCCAUUCAACAAAUGACCUUUCAGCAGUCCCCGUUGCUGCAACAGAUGGCACCACCAUCCCGAAUGCAAGCAUCCGCAUUACCCCAGUCACAGACACAGCCAGUCUCUCAACUAGCACUCUCCACAUCUCAAAGCCAGACCCUACUGCCUUCCCAAAUGCCUACAUCUCCAGUUUCUGCUACAGCACCUCUGCUCCCCGUCAGUGGCACCACCUCAACUGUGGAAACUGCUGCUAUGACCCAAGCCACUUGCUCUGCUGCCUGCUCUACAGCUGCUGCUCUGCCUUCUAGUGCCAAAAUUCAUCCAAGUCCCCCCACCUCAACUCUUCCUUUGGGUCAGAAAUGAAACUGAAGUGUGAUGACAAGUAAUGUUUCAUGGCAUGGAAAACCAUUUGGUAAUAGAUGUGACUACUUCUGAGCUGUGUGUUAUAUGUGUGCGAUAUGGGGUGAAUGGGAAAGAGAUACAAAGAGGUUUGAGCAUGUAUAGAACAAAGGCUUCAUAACGUAUGAACAUUUUGGAUAAUUGAUGUCCCCAAAAAAUUUGAAGGUAUAAAUAUGUGCAUUUGUGAGCAAGUUUUACCACUGAUUCAAACUCUUCCUUAACUGAAAUAACAUUAAAGUCAUAAAUGUGUCUUGCUCCUUACAUUAAAAGUAACAUUGAUUAAAAAGUGCAAUUAGCAAUGGUAAUUGAGCAUGUGAUGUAUUUUUUACUCAAUAUUUUUAAACGCCUACAUAAAGACCAUAAAACUAGUCAAGAAAAUGCUGUCAACACUUACGAAUAGGAGCAUGUCUCACUAAGGAGCACAUUAGAUUAUUUGGCUUUCACUGUUAUUUCUAGAAUAUUUUUUAUUUGCAUCCAUGAAACAUUUGUGUUAAACCAACUUAUUUGACAUCAGACUGCAUGACUUAACCAACUGGCCUAAUGACAAGUUCUGGCUGCUGCAGUAUUAUAGAUGUUCUUUACCAGUGAUAUUAGAUACAAUUAAACAUCUGUAUAUUAAAACCUGCUUUAAAAACAUGAGGAAAAAACUGCCAAAUCAUGUUGGACUAGGGAAACCAUACUGGUUAAUCCUAAAUGCCUUUAAAGUUACAGCAUUGUAAUUAGAGUAUGGAUUUAUAUUUUUGUGUGGUGAAAGUAUGUGAGAGUCCUGUUGUCCGUUGCGAUUACAAA